CUUGGGAAACGAGUGGAAAGGCGAAAUUGAUAGAGAAAGAGAUGGAAUUGGGAGCAGCAAAGAAGAGAUGCAGAGAUGUAAUAGAGAGAAUAGAGAGAUUGCCAUCUUCCACCAAAAUCACCCCUUCUUGCAAACGCACCCUCCUCAAGUUGGCUCACUCCGAACUCUCUUUCCUCUCCCGCUCCACCUCCUCUACUCCCCUCAGCGUGAAUAUCGGGCACAUUGAAACAGUUGUUCACAUCCUCCACCACCCUCUCAUCACUGGGGUCUCUCGCGUUUGCAAGCCUAUUCCAAUGUGUCACAAAACUAGUUCACAAAAUGGGCAUGUCGAUAUAGUCUGCACCCUCAAUAGGAACCCAGUCUGGAUUAUCGUAUCUGAUAGAAACCCAAACUACAUUACUUGGAAUGAACCCCAAACAAACAAGACCAAAGGCUUGCAAUGCCGAGUUCAGCAGCUCACUGCCGCCGCCGCCUCUGCUGUAGCGCUCAGACCCUCCUCAGUUAUUCUCUUCUUCUCACACGGACUCAGCAGCUUCUUGUCUGAUAAACUGAAACAUGAAUUUGAGGCCACCCAGGUUCAGUUGUGUCAUCCUGGUUUUCGUUUCGAUCUCGUCGAGGAAGAGGGAGAUUGGAUUGAUGUACUAGUUGCAAGAACUUAUCAGGAGGCGGCUGUGUUUGAGAUCAAAGUGGGGGAUGUAAAAGAUGAUGAUGUUUUAAGUUCAGUAUCUGAUGUUAAGGUCUCCCCUAUGGCUGCCAACUGGGAUUUGCUAGAGGACACCACACUGCUCUUUCCGGGGUUUUAUUCUGCGGUUUCGAAGAUGCAGCUGUUCUCUUUUGAUGUAGAGAACAUGGAAACAGCGAAACGGGGUGAGUGUGAUGUUGUGAACUUUGAUACAACAGCUUUGAUUGCGCUUGUUUCGGCUAUUAGUAAUGGAGGUACAGAGAAACUUUUGGCUACUCCAGAGAGCGAAUUGAGGCAGCGGUUUAAGGGGAACUAUGAGUUUGUGAUUGGACAGGUGAUGUCUGAGAUACAGAAUCCAAUUCUUGUUAAACUUGGUAGUGCCAUAUCUGGAAAGCGAGGCAUUACAUGUGAAACCGUUCAUUCGGAGUUCAAGGAAUUAGUGUCAAUGUAUGGAGGGCCUAAUGAGAAGUUGAGAGCUAGUCACCUCCUAAAAUAUCUCAGAGUUGUUCCUGAUAGUCCGUCUAAACGCAUGAUGAGCCUUCCGACCACUCGAAAACUGGCUUUGAAGUGUAAGAUUGUUUUUGGUACUGGUGAUUACUGGUGUGCUCCAACUGCAACAGCUAAUAUGGCAUUUGUGAGAGCGGUUUCACAAGCUGGGAUGUCCUUGUGUACCAUUGAGCACAGACCACGGGCUUUAACUGGUGAUUAGUUCUAUGAUGUCAGAUUAAAAACUGAAACAUACUGAAGAUAGUAAUGGCAGGUUAGGCUACUCCACUUUACAAUUUAAGAGCGUUGGGUCUGUA